AUGGCUACGCGCCGUACGCUCGGGUCUGGUUCUGGUUGGGCUACCCUUACACACGCCGUCCGCGGACCCUCGCUUGUGGUGGCCAUAGAGCAUCUCUCGAUCCCCAACGCCUGGAGUGCUGGCUACUGUGAUGGCUGGAGCAUGAGGCGCUCUACUUUCGAGGCUUCCCUGUUCCUCUCGCUCCGCACCAUGGCCUCGGCUAAGGCCGGGCGCGAAAGGCCGCCACUGAUCACUUCCCUAAGGACACGGCGGCCUCUGUGUGGUACUCACAAAGUGCAAGAUUCUAUUGGUCCAAUAAAGAAUUUUAGAGUCAAACCAUGGCGUCAGAUACAGAAUUUUUCACUGCAACAGCGACUACGGGUAGGAUCACACCUUACAAUAGCACCAUAA